AUGAGCGGAUUGGUAACUCUAUCCCACCAAUUCAAUGAACAUGAGAUUUACUUCCAUCGCGUUGGAAAAGGUAUUAGGAUCCCCAAAAAUGUAAGCGAUGAUUUUGAUGUUGUGAUAACAGUGGGCGAAGGCUCGGAAGAAGAAACUUUUUACUGCAACUCGAAGGCAUUGAUUAAGGAAAGUCCUUACUUUGAUACUGCACUGUCGAAGCUCUGGGCCAAGAAGAAAAACGGCAUGUACAUACUAGAGCAUCCAAACAUCUCACCAGAUGCCUUUGAAGGCAUACUCCGAUAUAUUGGUCAUGGUAAGACUAUGAUAUCUGAACUCGACGAAAUUAUACUUUUGGAUGUGAUCGUAGCAGCCGACGAAUUGCUAUUCCAUGAUCUUGCUGGUUACAUUGAAAGCUAUCUAAUUAAUACGUAUUUCCAAAGUGUGAAGGACGGUCUUACUAUCUUCCUCAACAAAAUCGUUCACCAUCAACAACUCAACGGAUUGUGGCGACGUCUACUACGAAUUAUAAAUGAUCACCACACACUACUGUGUAAUUCUGCGGACCUCCCAUGUUUAGAGAAAUCAGCUUUAGCCAGUAUCUUGGAAGAUGAUAGUCGAAUAAUAAGUCAAGGCAAACUAUGGACUGUAAUGCUCAAAUGGGGAAUGAGUCGUAAUCCCGCAAGAAGUCUCGAAUUCACCUCGUGGCCUGAUCAUGAUAUUAACGUAUUGGCGGACUCGCUCCGCGAGUUAAUACCAUUAAUCAAAUUCUCAAAUGUCAGUAGAAAUGACUUUAUUCAAAAUGUCAUUCCAUAUCAACAGGUUAUUCCAAAUACGAUCGAAAAUGAGACUCUGGCUGGUUACCUGAAUAGACAAAAACUCAUCGAAACUGAGUAUUCACACAUUGAUAUAGUUCUAGAGGAUUCCGUGGUGAUAAAUCAUUCACAUGCUGCAUUGAUAGCACUCUGGAUCGAAUCUUCAAAGAACAAGAGCGGCGGAGCAACUACCGAACGUCUUCGUCGAUUGUCGAAAACUUUAAUGCGUCGGAGAUUGAAGUAUAAAUUUACUAUGUGCUAUCGCAACAGCCUCCUUCAAUUUACAUGGGAAGACUACUAUAGACAAUGUAAUCGAAAAGAAUCAAUGGUAGCGAUCGCGAAAGUACGUGAUUCGUUGAAGCUGGUCGGUGGAUUCUCGCCAGUCGGACUGAUCGCACCACCUCAGAUCCCACUCAACGAGGAAUGGGAGAGAACUUUCAUCUUCAGCAUUGAUGGUAAUGGACAUUUCCUGCAAGAAAAUGCCGUUGCGAGCAGAAUGAGUACUUGUCGAACAGAUGGGUACAUCUUUCAUUCUCUUUUCGGUCCCAGAUUUGGCGAAAGCGAUUUAUUUAUUAAUUUAGGAACUCGUCGUUGUGUAUGUCGACAGAACUAUUACAGUAAACCGAUAACUGAUUCGCGCAGUUUUCCUUUUGAUGAGUUUGAGGUCUUUAUUGUUGAAAAGAUAGAUUGA